AGGGUGGCUCCUGGGGGUGGACGAGCUGGGGAGGGGGCGCAUGGCCUGUGCAUCCCCGGGCAGGGCUGGGGCUGGGCCACGCUGAUGGCCCGGGACCUCGGCUCAGGGCACGGCUGGAGCAGAAGGGCGGUGGGGGCCGGAGAGGGCUGCUCCCUGCCCUAGACCGGGGCAGCGGGGUGUCUGGGGUGAGCGCGCGGAGGGCAGGGCAGGUGGGGCCGGGCCCUGCGCUCCCUAACCGCCGUCCGGCUCUCCGCUCUGUGCCCCGCAGCCCUGUUCACAGAGACCCCGCACGACAUGACGGCCCACGCCGGGGAGGACGUGGAGAUGGCCUGCUCUUUCCGGGGCAGCGGCUCCCCCUCCUACUCGCUUGAGAUCCAGUGGUGGUACGUGCGCAACCACAAGGACUGGACUGACAAACAGACGUGGGCUGCCAGCCAGCUAAAAGCAUCGCAGCAGGAAGAAGCUGGGAAGGACGCGACAAAAAUAAGUGUGGUGAAGGUGGUCGGCAGCAACAUCUCGCACAAGCUGCGCCUGUCGCGGGUGAAGCCCACGGACGAGGGCACCUACGAGUGCCGGGUGAUCGACUUCAGCGACGGCAAGGCCCGGCACCACAAGGUCAAGGCCUUCCUGCGGGUGGCACCGGAGGAGAGCGCCGCGCCGCGCCGCCACGGCUCCUCCGCCCCCAUGCACCUCGUGCCCCCCUCGCCCUGGGGUCAGGCCCUCCUGGGCGCCGGGGGAGGAGGGCCCGUGCCUCCAAGGCGGGCAGUGGUCCAGGACCCCCGUUUGCCAGGGAGACGGGGCCGGAGACGCCAGUCCCCCUAG